AUGGCCGGGAUCGAGACAGCUUCUGCUAUUAUCGGUAUUGCUCAUGUCGGGUUUGCCUUAUCGAAGGCCUUAAUUGAAUACAUUGACGAAGUUAAGGAUGCUUCACGUCGUCUUAGUCUCAUUGGAAAUGAGAUUAGAACAACAAGUGAACGUCUAGAGGAUAUCGGCAAGCUUGUCGAAAAGAACCGUACCACGAAUUUCCUCAGUUCAGAGGGUAUCAGGAGUGCGAUUCGAGCCUCGGAAGAAUGCGCGCAGGUAAUUGAAGAAUUGCGCGGGAUUUUAGGAAAGAGUGGAUGCACACAUGCACCUACCGUGGUUGAGAAGGAGGAAAUUGAUAUUUCCUAUUUUACGAAAUUUAAAUGGCCGUGGGUCAAGUUUAGACUUGAGGCUCCAAGAGCAGAGCUGCAGAGAAUAAAGGCGGACUUAACACUGCUGUUUGCUUCAGUUAUGGCUAUUGGAGCGUCCAAUAAGACCGAGAAGAUGUAUUACUAUGCGGAGAUUGUCAAUACGGAGAAAACACGCAAAUGGGCAGCUCAGAAAGCUCUCAACGCCAGGCUUCGGGCGAAGAACGCCGGGCGCAAAGGUGGCAAAUACUCUGUAUCUCAUUCUGGCUCGUUAGCCUCAUUUACCGAUGAAGGAGGAGAAGAUGAGAACCUCCGCUUCGAAUUUGUGAGGUUCAAAGAGGAACAAGCACUUGCCCUGCUGAAAAGGAGACGAGAAGAGGAGGCUGCUCUUACUCUAGCUAAAAAGGAGGCAAAAAGGGAGGCUGAAGAGGAAGAACGCAAAAGAAUCGAAACGACGGGCAUUAUGAAGUAUAAAGAAGCACUCAAACUCCGGCAAGCAGAACGAGAUUCUCGUAUUGCAGCCACCAAGGAGGCUCUACGCACUGAGCUUGAGCGGCUCAACUUCCCUUCCGACAAGAUCCAAUCAAUUCUAGGCAAUAUACACCUAACAACCAAUGAAGAUAGCGAUUCUAUUAUCGGAUUCCCGGGCCUGGAGUCCGAUUCAACGACAAAUGUCGUUCUACAAACUCUUUCCAAUCUCAGCGGUAAUAGCAAGUCAGUGAGCAGCAAAUCCAUAAGAAAGAGUAUUUGGAAGCUGUUUCAUCGCACCAAGAAGUCAUCAACCCCAACAAAACCCAUCCAAAUCUCGAAUGAAUGGGAAGAAGCUGUUCGGUUAGAAUCAUGGGUUUGGGAUUCAGCAAGUGAUUUAUGGAUUGAGUUCAAGGAAGAUCAGCUGGAGAAUGGAGGCACGCCGAAGUCACAGCAGUUCUGGGUCAGGUAUUCGCAACUUCCUUCCAAAUAUCGUUCCUCAUUUCAAGAAUUUUACUAUCAGAAAAACGAAUGCCUAACAGGCGAUGCUAAAUGGAGAGUUCUCGACAUGGAGCCCAUUAAGAAAGUCACAAAAACAAGCAUAUUUUCCCGUACUGAGGAAGACAUUGGGCUACGUGUUCUCCUGGCGCGAAAGAAUGAGAGAGUUUUGACGUCGCGCUUAACAGUACAAGAAGGAAAGGUAGCUGUAGAAGGAGAUCUUUCACCAGUACCUGAGGUUGGCAAGGAGCUUGAAUCUGCCGAGGCACGUAUCCAGGAAGGACACCAGGUUCCCCGCAGUGUCGAGAAGCGAGCUAUGAGUCCGGGGAGAACCGGUGUACCUACCACUAGACACACCAAAUCCCCCCGCAGAUCCCACCAGAAUGUACAUGUAUCAAAGCUGAUGACAAGGUACAAUACAUUUAAUGACCUCACCGAUACCGAGUCCGAUAGCUCCUUUUCUCCAAUGAGAUAUCGGCCGUUAGAGGAAGAAGUGAGAAGAAGUGAGAGAGUGGGUGGCUACGCUGGAUUGCGUAGAAAGUCACUCGAAUCAUAUACAAGAACAAGGGAAAGGCAACGGUAUCAGGGACUAUGUCGACCAUAUAAGGAGUAUUAUAGCUAUCCUAGAGAGAGAUCCCCUGCUCAACGUCCAGGUCGAACGUUUUCUAGACGAGAUAGUGAUUGGCUGAGGGACACGAGUCUCAGUCGCGCUUCGGUCAACGGGAAUAGGUACGGCCGCAUUUUAAGAAAUAUCGAUAUCGAUUAUUUUGAUACCCGAAGGGCUCUGGUGCCAAUCCAACGACGAUCCAGCAAAUGGAGUAAAGAGCUUGGAGAAUUGCGUCGAAGGAAAAGACCAACGCAUAGCGCUUUUAAGAAGAGGAAACAAGAUGUAGGUAAUGGUCCAAAAGGCACCAACCACAAUGCACUCGUCCUAUCGACAUUGAAGCGGCUUACGAAUUUUGAUGGCGAUACGCUUCUCCCCGAGCUUAAAAGCACUGUUCCAACAAAUUUCAUGCCGGCCACGGCGCCUGGUCCGCCUCCUCCUCCGCCUCCCCCUCUUCCUAGUUCACUUAAGCCAUAUAUGCAGUUGGAUUCCUCCUCUCAUUUCCGUCCAUACAGUCCUCAUUGGAUGGCAAAUCGCAUUCAGCACCCGGACCUCAAUGGACCAUCCCAAGGAACGGAAGAAAAAAGCGACCUUCCGAAUUUUGGUGGCCAUCAUUCACAUGCAGUCGCUCCUGAAGAUUUUGAACGCGGGCGAUCGCUCACGAAACGCCUCGUGCCUGAGCCCCAAAUUAUCGUUUCUGGCCUUUCAGCUCCAAGGUUUCGGCCUUCUUCACGUGGGAUCUAUGACUCUCCUGUUUCUAUUCUCCAUACAUUAUCUGCUGAGGCCACAGCUACUGAUACAAGUAGUGAUGAGGAACGCGACCAUUCAUCCCAUCGUCCUCGUAUUCACCAGGUAACCGUGGAAAGUGUGGAUGACCUUGGGAUUGAAAGUUUGAGUAGGCCGAAAGAGGAUGACGAGAAGCACUCUCUCUGCCAAUGA